GUGCCCAGCACAGCGCCUGGCAGGGCUGUGAGUGUGUCCUGGCGAUGCUCCUGGACCCAGAGGCUCCUGCCAGGGAAUAAGGAGCAAACAAGGGAGUUAAUGUUUAACAGUUGUUCUGAGCUGUGUUAAUCAGUUCUGGGCUUGGCUGCUGCUCAGCCCCCCUGAGUGGGGACCCUUGAUUCUACACCCCUCGCUGCACGUGCAGCUCUGGGCUGCAGGAUCCCACAGCCCACAGAUCCCAUCCCCACUGUGCAGGCUGGCAUGGGGACACCAGGGAUCCCCGUGAGGCCAGUGCCAGCCCUGGCACAUGGCUGCAGAUGCUAAGCACUCACAGAGGUGUCCCUGGGGGCAUGGUGGGUUUCCAUGCCCUCUGCUGUAGUGGAUGGCUCUGUCCCAUGCUGUGAGGAGCUCCAGCAGCCCUGCUGGCUGUGGCAUGGCCCCUGGGAGCCAGCUCAGCUUGCUGCAGCACACGGGAGAGGCGGUGGGAGGAGAGGGCAGCUCAGGCCAUGGCUCAGUGUGAGGCUGCAGCGGUCCCUGGGUGCCCUGGGGUGACAGCAGGGGCUGUGCCCAGAGGCUCCUGCCAGGCCUUGUGGCAGGGGAAGGUCGUGUCCAGCCCGGCUCCCUGCCCUCCACCACGUGCCCACGUGUGUGGGGCUGCCUGGACUCUGCUCGUGUGCUGACGCAGUGGCUGCCCUGCCACAGCACAGCCCGCACCUUGCAGCUGUCUGGGAACAUUCUGGAGAAACCCUGGCACUGCCACAGCACCCACUGGUGCUGCACUGGCCAGAGCUGCAGCCGGAGCCUUGGGAAUCACGGGCACACCGUGUCCCAGAGCCUGCUGCUGUCACUGCAGUCACACAGCUCCUGGGCUGCCAUCUGAUCCUGGGCUGGGUGUGCACAGAGGCACAGAAAUUCCCCCAGCCUGGCCCUCUCCUUCCCUGGGAAAGCCUCCCUGGGAAAACUUCCCUGGGAAAGCCAGCUGGUUUACAGUGCACUCCCCAGCAGGGCUGCACAGUGCAGGGCACGAGCUGGGCCCUGAGCAAUUGCCAGACCAGCCAGGAUGCAGAACCCUGCAGUGCCCAGGCAGCUCCUGCUCCUUCCCUGCCCUGCCCCAGGCCUGCACAGUGACUUUGGGGCUGGGGGUUUAUCCACAGGGAGCAGUGCUGGGGCUGUGUGGGCCCUGGCACAGUCCUGACCUGGCACUGCUCAGGGGGGUACUGGGCUGAACCACUCUGUCCUCUGUGCUGGCAGGGAGGAGGUGACUGCCUCCAUCCUGCUUCCUGUCCUCUCCCUACCAUGGCCCCUGUUUUCCUGCAGAGAGUUUUUCCUGGAGGACUGCAGUGCUAGUCCCCACCCCCCACCUUUUGCCCCAUUUUCCGCUCUGAAAUCUCCUGUGAAGGAUUUAUUGCUGACGGUUUCAAAAUAUUUUUGGAACAGAAGCCAAGUCUGUUGCAUUCCUUCACGCUGGCCAAAGCCACUCUCUGUGGAGGACCCUGGAAUGAGCUGUUGGGGAAUUCAUUUUCGAAGAAAAAUUCCGUUUCUGUGCAGACUUCUGUUUUGUUGGGAUGUUUUGCAGGUCAGGAACUCAGUCCAGGAUCUGGGACCACCUUCCUUGGGUGCAGCAAGGCCAGGCUGGACAGGACAUGCCUGCAGCAAGGCUGAGUCUGUGGCCUUUGCCUGUUUUUCUCACAGGCCAUCCAUGCCUAUAUCCAGGGAGCAAGGUUUGCCGGUGUUUUUCCUGUCAGACCCCGUGGGCUCUGCAUGGGCAGAGGGGCAGGAUGGGGCCUGUAACUGCUGCUGUUUGUCAGCAGGACCCAGAACUGGACACAGCUCUCACAGAGGCAAACAACAUAGGGCAGGGGUUCAAGGAUCUUGACAUGAAUUUUCUCAGGAGGGAGAUAAGUGAUGCAUUUCACUGGCUGUUGAUCAUUAAUGCCUUGCUGCCUGUUCAGCUGCGUGGGUGCUGCCUGGGCACCCUGCGCUGCUGCUGCAGGGCUGUGUGUUCAUGCACUGGCAGUUGUGGGUGAUGAAGUUGCAGUGCCAGCAGUGCUGCCAGGGACAGCAGAGUGCAGCUGGGGUGGAGGGGGUGGCCAUGGGCACUGCAGGAUGAGUUGUGUGUUUGGCUCUGCACCCACAGCGGGGGUCUGAAGGGGCAGGAGGGAUUAACCAGUGGAGCAGUUCAGGGAGGAGAGGUGCCAUCCCUAUUUGCAAAGGUCCUUUAGCCCCCCACUACAGAUCAGAACCUGGCUGGCAGCCAGGAGCAUCCCAGGCCUGGCUGUCUGGGACUGCAGGGUCCUCCAGGAAUGGCUUUGAGAGUUUCCCAUUAUGCAACGUCCUGGCUAAAUUAGCCUGGCAAAUGAGGAGGGGAGUGGACAGUCUGCCCUCUACUCCAUGCUCCCACUCCAUGAUCCUGGGCAUCCUUGCCAUGCUCCAGUGGUUGUUCUUGGGGGGGUGGCAGAGGGACCAGAGCAAUUGCCAGCCCUGGACACGGCAGCUCUGCAGGACUGUCACCCACAGCCUGUGGGGUAAUGGAGCAAGGGGCUCCCUCAGAGCAGCUGAACCGUUGUAUUGGACAGCUGAGGAGCCAGGGCUGCAGAAUCCCGCAGUGAGGGGAUGGUGUGGGGCAGGGGAUGCUGCUGGGGACGGAGCACCCUGCACUUCACGUGCCCUCCAGCCUGUUCUCCCCUUUUACGUAAGCUGUUCCAAACAUGUUUGUUCCAACCCCCUGGCGAUGUACCUUUGCAAAGAGUGGUUUUGGGUCCAAAGAUCAGUGCUGGGACAGUGACCUGCCCCCUGCAAACAGGACCCUGCAGAGUAUAAAACCCCAGUGGCAUCGUGGAGCACGGGACAGGCAGAGCCACGCAGCAGAGGAGGAUGGAGGCCAACAUGAACCUCCUGCACGACGCGGGCGUCCGGACCACGCACUGGCUGCAGCAACACUUCCAGGGCUCCCAGGACUGGUUCCUCUUCAUCUCUUAUGCCGCUGAUCUCAGGAAUGCUUUUUUUGUCCUCUUCCCCAUCUGGUUCCACUUCAGUGAGGCAGUGGGCAUCAGGCUCAUCUGGGUGGCUGUAAUCGGAGACUGGCUCAACCUCGUCUUCAAGUGGAUCCUCUUUGGGGAGAGGCCAUACUGGUGGGUCCUUGACACGGACUAUUACGCCAACAGCUCUGCACCAGAGAUCCAGCAGUUCCCACUCACCUGUGAGACUGGCCCUGGGAGCCCAUCUGGCCAUGCCAUGGGUGCAGCAGGCGUGUACUACGUCAUGGUGACGGCCCUCCUCGCUGCUGCUGGGGGAGAGAAGCAGUCAAGGACACUCAGAUACUGGGUGCUGUGGACAGUGCUGUGGAUUGGCUUCUGGGCAGUUCAGGUGUGUGUCUGCAUGUCCCGAGUCUUCAUUGCUGCUCACUUCCCCCACCAGGUGAUCGCAGGGGUUUUCUCAGGGAUGGCUGUGGCCAAGACCUUCCAGCACAUCCACUUCAUCUACCAUGCCAGCUUCCAUCGGUACCUGGGCAUCACCAUCUUCCUCUUCAGCUUCACCCUGGGUUUCUACCUGCUGCUGUGGACAUUCGGCGUGGACCUGCUCUGGACGCUGGAGAAGGCACAGAAGUGGUGCAGCCGCCCUGAGUGGGUCCACAUUGACACCACUCCCUUUGCCAGCCUCCUCCGUAACCUGGGCAUCCUCUUCGGCCUGGGGCUGGCACUCAACUCCCACAUGUACCAGCAGAGCUCCCGGCUGAAGCAGGGCCAGCAGCUGCCCUUCCGCCUGGGCUGCGUCGUCGUCUCCCUGCUCCUCCUGCACCUCUUCGACGCCUUCAAGCCGCCCUCCCACGUGCAGCUGCUCUUCUACGCCCUCUCCUUCUGCAAGAGCGCGGCCGUGCCGCUGGCUACGGUCGGCCUCAUCCCCUACUGCCUCUCCCAGCUCCUGGCCACGCAGGACAAGAAGGCUGCCUAAGGCAGGCACACAGCCCAGCGCUGGGCUCGGGGCAGCUGCCAGGCCCUGGGUGUGCCCCAGCCGCUGUUUGCCUCCCGCUGAAGCUGCCCUGGGAGCAGAGCACGGAGGCCGGGCCCGGGGCGCUGCUGGGCGGCUCCUGCAGUGCGGGCCCGCGGUGUCGGUCACGCUGCUCCGUGGCUGGCUGAUGGCACUGAGAGCCCUGUGUGCCCACGACUCCCCUGCUGUCCCUCCUGCACCCACAGGUGGGGGUCACCUGCCCAGCACCCAGCAGCAGCAGCGGGAGGUCCUGCACUCCCUUGCAGCUCGUGGGGACAGGCCACCUCCGCGCUGCAGGGCUGGGGACAGCGGCACUGGGAGCAGGGCUCUCGCCUCAGCGGGUCUGGGGUCUGCUGAAGAGGCAACUCUGGGACAGGAAUGGGCAGACACUGUGACGUGGAGAUAAAGAGCCAGUGUGAGGGAUCCCCCCAGCUCUGGGAUGUUUCACCUCUGUGCCACGCAGGGUGGGGUGCACACAGGCCCAGGAGUGGACAUGGGUGACGUGUACCUGUGCACAUGGCAUGGGCUGGGGUUGGGCACAGGAGGUGUUUUAUUAAAGCUGAAGGUUGUUUAGCUGGUGAGUUUGAGUGUCCCACUGGCCAGCACCAUGGGAUGGGGGAUCAGCUCCUGGAUGCAGGGUUGUGGCAUGGCCUGCAGGUGGUAGAGGAAGGACAUUUCUCCUGGGUGCUGAAGACCCUCAACACCUGCAAGGCACGUUCAAACCACAGGGAAAAGCACUGCCUAGUGCCCUGGGUCUUCACCUUUUGCCCUGAGGUGCACUUGAGCACUGACAGCACAGUGGGGGCAAUGAGCUGCUUUUUGUGCUGUUUAUCCAAGGUUUCUGGGUGCACUUUGUGCCAGGAACAGGGACAAACUUGUGUCACCUCGCUGUUUACAGAAACAAGCUCAGCUUUGGGACCAGCCAGCUUAGCUGGGGCUGUGCUAAGCCCCCAGUGCUGGGGCCAGAACUGGCAUUUGGCUGUGCUGUGGGGUUGGGGUCAUGCCUGUCCCACCUCAGUACCCCAGCCCAGGAAAUACUGUGGGCUCAGCCUGCUGCCCUCAAGCUGUGCAGGCUGUACAGCCCAAACAUCCUCGCUCAGUCUGAGACAGUCCAAGCAGACACUGCCAGGCUCUGUGUGCACGUGUAGGAUCCCUCCCAAAGCACCAGCCCCUGCAGCCCUGACCCCACAGCCAGCUCCAGGCCUCAGGGGUGCUCCCUGUGUUCUGACGCCACCCCAAAAGCUCAGCCAAGGCUGGGCCAUGCAGCAGCAGCCAC